AUGAGUAAUUUGGAAAAGGUAGCAUAUGAAAAGCUGAUAGAAGAAUUAAAAAAUAAAUACCCAUUUUUUAAAAGAUAUAAUAAUGAUUUUUUUUAUAAUGAAAAAAAAAAUGAUGAAUUAAUAAAAAAAUAUUUUGAUAUAUAUAAGACAAAUGAUAAAGAUGAAUAUGGAGAUAAAGAAAUAAAAAAAUAUACUAACUUAUUAGUAGAAGAAAUGGAUAAAUCUUUUUAUAUAUUAGAAAAAAAUGAUACGAUAUCUUCUUUAUGUAACACCUUUUUAAAAAGUUACAAAUAUAAUACAAAUAAUUAUUAUGAUUAUAUUAACCAAAAUUAUAUGAAUUCGGAUCCUUUUCAAAAAAAUAUGGAAAAUUAUAUACAGCGAAAAUCAAACAAAUCGAUUAGCCAAAGUUCUAAAAAUAUACAAAAAAAUUUGUACACAAUUGAAAAUCAAAAAGGAAAAAAUACAGAAGCCAUACAAGAACGGUUAAAAAAAAGAAAUAUGGAAGUAGAAAUAAAAAACAAAAUAGAACAUAAAAAUACAUGUAAAAUAAAGAAAAUAAAAAAAAAUAACGAUACAGAAACUAUAUAUUCUAAAGAUAUUCAUAAUAUUAAAAAUAAUAUUGAAAAAUAUUCUGAAGAAAAAAAUGAAAUACUUUAUUUUAUUCAGCACAAAAUAAAAAAUAAUAUAGAUAUAGGUUUUUGUGAUAUUUCUUAUAUACCGUUUAUUAAAACAUGCUUUUAUAUAAACUAUGGAUGUGUUAAUGUAAAUAUAUUUAAAAAAAAAAUACACACUGUUUUUAUGAUUGAUAAUUAUAUAAAACAAAACAAUAAUAAAAAUACACCAAAAUAUAAAAGAAUUAUAACAUUUGGAAGUUUAGGAAAACAAUUAUUUUUAAAAAAUAUAAAGCCCUAUUCAAUUGUAAAAGGAUGGAUAUAUAAAUAUGAUGUAACGUGUAAAUGCUUUUUCAUUAAAAUUUUUUCAAUUCAAAAUGAAAAUAAUAUAGACGAUAAAUACACAAGUAAUAUAUCUCAGAAUUAUGUAAAAAAUUAUCGAAAAAAAAAAGAUAGCAAUAAUGAUACAUAUAAAUUUGACGAAAUAAAUAAUAAUAAUCUAUUUAUUGAUAAUUCUCAAAUAGAGCAUUUAAUGGAAUCAGAAUUUAAAAAUGAAAAAAGAGAAAUUGUUGCAUGCCUUCCUUUUAAUUUUAUUAAUAACUUUGAGUUUGUAAAUAAUUUAGAUAUUAAAGGUUUAAAUUUAGAUCAAAAUUUUAAACACUUUCUAGGUAUGAGUAUAUGUGCACAUAUUUAUAAUGAUCAAAAAUAUAUAGAGUCAAAUUUUAAUCAUAUAUUAUAUAAAUAUGAUUUUGAUUUCUUUAUUACAUUUAAUUAUAAUAAUUAUAUGCAUAGUGAUAAAAUCGGAUUUAUAGUUAAAGAAGUACCUUUUGAUAUUUUGAAAAAUCAAAAUGUAAUUAGUAAUAAUUCAAAAGGGUGUACUAAAUUUUUAUUAAGCAUUUUUAAUUUUCUACUUUUUUCCAGCAAACAAUUUUUAAAUGCUGAAAAUAUAAUAUAUAAAGAAAAAUAUUUUUUAUUAAAUUUAUCACAUAUACCAUCAUUAAUACAUUUUAAUUUUAGAAAUAAUUUAUUUAAAAUAGAUAUUGGAUAUACUAUAACUCAAAAACAAAAUUUAUUUUGGUCUAAUACCACUUUUAUCGAAGCAUUUGAAAUAUAUAAAAAUAAUAGUGAAUAUUAUAAAUUUUUAAAAAAUUAUUUUUCUUUAGAUUAUAAUCAAACGAAUUUUACUUGUAUUUAUGAAUAUCGAAAAAAUAAAUUUACAACUGAAACUAACAAACACCUUGGAAACAAAACGAACAUUUUAAAAGAAUAUAUACAUGAUCAUCAUAUUGACAUUUCUAAUAAGUAUAAUGAUAACUCCAAUAUUCCACACAUCCACAAAAAAAAAAAUAUAAAUAACGAACAUAUUGAUGGUGACAAUAACAACCAAAAUAACGUGGCAAACCUCUCAACACCCCCUAACGUUGAACAAUCCAUCAUUUCCAAAAUCAAAUUUUUAAACUCCAAUUUAUAUAAAACAAAAUGGAUAUACGAUUUCUUUGAGUGUAUUAAAUUGAGUAUUAAUCUAAAUAAUAAUAAUAUUUUAGCAAAUUUUUUACUUAGCUUAGUACUUUUCGAAUUAAGUUGUUAUUCAGAGUCUUUCCUUUUUCUUUUUAGAAUUUUUAAAAUAAAAAAAAUAUUUAUAGAUAGCUAUAAAUUAAAAAAUAUUAUAUGUACUAUUUUUAUAAACCAAUUAAAUAACCCUAUUGAUAAAGAUGUAUUAUGGGAUAAUAUUAUUAAUUUUAAACAAUAUGAUUUGUUUAAUAUGAAAGAAGAUAGUUCUGAAAAAUAUUGCAAAAAUGUAUUUAAACGAAAUAAAAACAUAAUAAAUAUUCUCAAUAAUAUUAAGCUAAAAUAA